UAAACGAAACUGCACGGAUGGCGUGGGAUGCCCGAAUUAAUUUGACAAAAUCCCUAAUUGAAUCCCCAAAUCGAACGAGAGUGACAGAGAUAGAUCAAGCAGUUCGUCCGGCGCCCACCAUCUCUUCCGGUCACAGCACCUCGGUCACGAGCUUGACGACAGUCCAAGCAGAUCGUCCGGCUUCAGGUUUCUCAGGUUUCUGUUGAUUCUCUGCACUCAGAUGCUCAUUUGAGUUUUGGCCAGCUAAUAUUGCUAUAAUCGUGGGCAUACUAGUUAUAUUAAUAUUUAGAGUUUAUGGAUAAGAACUAUGACCAACCACUGCCUCCCGGAGUUCCAUCUCUUCCAAGUUCUUCACCAUUCUCUGUUUCUCUAAAUCCAUCCAGCCAGCAGUCUUCUCAUCCACACCAUCAUGCUCACUUUUCUCAAAAUCAUCUGUUUCCUGCUGCACCUCCCCAUGGAGCCAAUUUUCCUCCCUCUCCGAGCUCCUAUCCACAUAUUAGGCCAUCCAUGCAAUUUGAUCAUCCUUCUCAUCUUCCUCAUUCAUCAUAUCCAACCCUGAAUAACUUCCAGAAUGGUUACUCUGGUCAACCUGGGAUUCUAGCCCCUCAACCCUUUGUACAUGACACUGGGAUUGUGCACGGAGCCCAGCAUCUUGUUGUGGAAUCUGAUGCUUCUAAGCUGCAUGCAGAAAGCCUUCAAAUUGGUGGCAACAGAAGUUUUCCUCAGUUAGCUAACUCAAACAUCUCAACCAACCCAGAAAAGGAACUGGACACUAAUGAGCAACGAGAUGUACAGUUUGGUAAUAUAAGACAUGGGAAUGAAUCUGGAGGGCCCUCUGUACCGUUGGUUGUUCGUGAAGAUGCUCCUGAUAGAUCUACCAGUAACUCAGGGAUGCAUUCAAAAAGUGCCAUUGACAUUGAAGCUGCUGCUCAGGAUGCUGUGUUGUGGGAACAGGAAAUUGCCACCCAGAAAAUCAUACAAAGUCAAAGAUAUUUAAGAAGUGCAAGUGCACAACCUGAGGAUGGUAGAGACAUUUUUUCAGGACGUCAUGACCCAAAUGCUUUAAAGGAACAUUUAUUGAAGAUGACCACAGAGCACCGUGCAGAAAUGGCCCUAAAGCGUGGCAAAUUUACUGCCCCUGAUGAAGGUAACGUGGAGAUUGGCAAUGGGUAUGGUGUACCAGGUGGAGGAGCCUAUAACAGUGGUCCAAAGCCUUGUAUUGUUACCUCCAGUAAUUCCAGAAGUAUUGGGCAGGAGAUAGGAGAAGGAAUUCCUGAAAUUGAUGGAGAGUUGGGGCAGAGGCCUGCUGCCAAAGAGUUGCCUGAGUUCCUAAAAGAGAAGUUGAGAGCACGGGGUAUUCUGAAAGAUGAGCAAGCUAAAGGGAAUCCUUCACUUGAAAAUAAGUUGGAGACUUCAACUCAAAAGAUAGCACUUGGAAAGUUGCCUCCAGGAUGGGUUGAGGCAAAGGAUCCUGCAAGUGGCGUCCCAUACUAUUAUAAUGAACGUUCUGGGAUAAGUCAGUGGGGAAGACCUGUUGUGGCAGCUAAUAAUGGAAAUACUCCCUCACCUGUAUCACUUCCAGAAGAUUGGCAGGAGGUAUUGGAUGAGACAACAGGUCAAAAGUACUACUACAAUACGAGGACCCAUAUAUCACAGUGGGAGUACCCCAAUUCAUUGCAUCAGGUCAACUCACAACAUUCUAAAAGCACCGAGUCCAAAGGUGUGCCUAUUGGGAAUUGGGGUGAUCAAUCAUCCAUGCUAAACAAAUGCAUGGGGUGCGGCGGUUGGGGAGUAAGCCUUGUUCAAUUGUGGGGUUACUGCAAUCAUUGUACUCGAGUUCUCAAUCUUCCUCAAAGCAAAUACUUGUCAGCUAGUAUUGGAGACCAGUGGCAGACCACAAACUCUUCAAAUUCUACUGAUGAUUCAGAUAAAAGAUUCUCUAAGCAGAGGUCCAAUUCCAAACCUCCAGCUGCAAAAGGCUAUAGAAAAGAAAAGAAGAAACAUACCUAUGAUGAAGAUGAUGAGUUGGAUCCCAUGGAUCCAAGCUCUUACUCGGAUGCUCCUCGUGGUGGCUGGGUCGUAGGCCUAAAAGGAGUCCAGCCACGAGCAGCAGACACCACUGCCACGGGUCCUCUCUUUCAGCAGCGUCCUUACCCGUCUCCUGGAGCUGUGUUGCGAAAAAAUGCUGAAAUAGCUUCACAGAAGAAGAAACCUAAGUCUAACUUUGCACCCAUAUUCAAGAGAGGGGAUGGUAGCGAUGGACUUGGUGAUGCCGACUGAAAAAAAAGAAUGUCAAAUAAUUUGGUUGUUUCAGGUUGCAAAACAUCCGCAAACCAUGUGGUCGGAAGCUUUUUGAAAAUCAUCCAUGCAUUGUUUGCAGUGCCAUUUAAGGUGUGUGAUAUAAAGCUCGAGUGUCUUAGCGAGGCAUCAAUGUGUAAUCCAAGAUGUUUACCUGAAGGACAUGAGUUUUUCAUCUUUAUCUUGACCAAGGCACAAUCCUGCAGCUGUCGAUGGCAAUGUAUUUCAUUUUCCAUCUUAGAACUUUUGAUGGAGAAUGACUGCAGAAAACUCUAGAUUUAUCCAUACUUCAUUUCUCCUUUGGCAUGCAAAAUUACAUUAGAUUGCACAAUAUAUUUGUAGUUCUAACUGAGAGUUUGAAUGUACAGUGGAAGUGAACAAAGUCCUCGUGUUUCAAUGAAAUGAUCGUUAGUCGGAAAUUACAUUUA